AUGUUCGCCUUCCUGGCCCUGUUCACCACCCUCCUCGCUUUGACCACCGCCCUCCCCAGCCCCCUCACCUUCGCCAAAUUCGGCGCCCCCAUCCACUCCCUCGCCGCCGUCACCGCCAACUGCCCCCACAAACUCUUCAACUGCCCCUGGCUCCUCACCGGCAUCACAAUCUACAACCCGCCCGCGCCCCCGGAAGCCGCCACCCCCUGGGUCCGCUUCAACUUCAUCGACUACAACCACCGACUGCGCCUGGAGACGGUGUGUUACGGGGACUUGGUGAACGGGACGACGCAGGGGGGAUAUGUGCUUUGCGCGGAUGAUCGGGUGGCGUUUCAGUUGGUGGGAGGGCCGACCGGGCGGACGAUGAUGGUGGAGAGGGUGUAUCGGGAUCGGUGUCUCGGAGAGCCGCCAUACAACUACGGCACGGCGUUCGGGCAGAACAACCUCUCUAUGCCGGCUUCUCUUCCUAGCACGGCCGGGGGUCUGCAGGUGCAGGAUCAGAUGUUCGUUACGAUCACGGGGAUGGCGUAA